CCGCAUAUCACAAAAACUUUCAGACAUACUCUGUACUCCAGCGCUACAAAUCUGCCACGACCCAAAAAUGAAUUCAAAUAUUCUCUUGCGCAGAUUAAUGAUGGCAACAACGACUGCCCUGCCAUCUCGAUUCGUCGCCACAUCAACACCACCAACAUUAUCACCAUGGCUCAACCACAGACUCCCUCAUAACCCCCCCAAAACCCCCUCUCGACCCUUCUCCCAAACCUCCAUAACCGCCUCCUCUCCCUUCCGCCUCUCCUCCAACACCAACCACACCACCAACCCCAACGAUGCCCACGACCUCGAACAAGACCUCGACCCCUCAGACCCCCUCUCCCGCUACGCGCAAUACAAACCAAAACGCCAAUGGCCACCGGACAUGAGCAAGCUCUCACAGAAACACCAGUUCCGUCUUGAGCGAAAGUACCGCCGGCGCGCGGCACUGAAGUUCGCGAGGCCGAAGUGGACCAAGGGGACGAAGUUGGUGCAGUGGGGGAUUAUUGGAUUUACGCUUGUGUAUGCGCUUUUGUUUAUGCAGUGGGAUAUUAAGGGGAGCCCGCUUGAUGAGCUUCGAGACACUUUUUUUGCCGGUGUCAAGGCCGUGUUUUCGGCCCCUCCGCCCGCGGGUUCUGUGAAGACAUCAGACAGAGAAUAAGGCGUGUGAUUGAUAUUGCUGUCAAAAUCACUAUCCUAGCAUAGGGAGUAACUAUACUGUACAAUAGAUAGACCACACAUAAACAUGUUCAAUCGAGACCAAACUAGUCUUAGCCCCGGAAACGAGGGAAAUGAGUCCAAUUCUCAUUCAUGAAAGACCGAUCUGAGCUACAAUAUGUUUGUAUCCAAAAGAUAACAAAAUGACAAGACAA